AUGGCUACCAAGUCUCAAGGAUUCCUGUGGCAGAUUUGCCUGGUACUGCUGUUCUCCGCUGGAGUCAUGUCGCUGGACUGUAACCUGCUUCGUCACCAGCAAAGCAAAUUUAACUGGUACAGUCUACAGCUGCUGCAAAACAUGGGUGGGAAGUUUCCUUUGGAGUGUCUGGAAGACAAGACAGCCUUCCAGUUUCCUGAGAAGGUUCUGAAGCCCAAAUUUCAACAACAUGCCAAGAUGGCCAUCCAUGAAAUUCUCCAGCAGCUCUUCGGCAUCUUCAGCGGGAACCUGACCCAAACUGGCUGGGAAAGAAGAAACGUGGCGAGGUUCCUAAAUGGGCUCGCUCUGCAGACCGAACGCCUCGAGACAUGCCUACCUACAAAGGCCGGGGCCAACAUUCGGAGACUGAAGAAAUACUUCCAGAGGAUCCAAGAUUUUCUUAAGGAGAAGAAAUACAGCACCUGUGCCUGGGAGAUUGUCAGAGAGGAAGGGCAGAGGUGUUUUCAACGUAUUGACAAGCUCACAGUUAGGAUGAAAAAGUAG